AUGGCAAAGAGAUGGAGAUCGGCGGCUGGAGGCGCGGGCGACGCGGCGGGGCCCAAGGCGGCGGGAGGCGGGCGCCGCGGCUCACGGCUGUUCGCUCGCUCGCGCUGCUGGGCACGACGCGGCGGGGCCCAAGGCGGCGGGAGGCGGGCGCCGCGGCCUCCGGCGACUGGAGCUGCGCGGCACGGCAGUGGCCCACAGUGGAGGGGAGCAGGCUCCCGGCUGUUGGCUCGCGCUGCUGCGGCUGCUGAAGCAUCCAUGGAGUCGCCAACCCCCAAGUCGCCGUACGAGUUGGAGCCAACGAAUGAACUAGCCCUAGCGCACAUCAUCCCUUCCCUUGAUAGGGUAAGUUCUUGUCAGGCCAUGGUUCUUGUAGAUAAAGCGUCCAAGCCCUACUUUAUUUCGUUAGUGUAGGCAGUAGGCAGUAGGCUACUUUUUUGUUAAACGAAAAAUUCAAAAUCUUACAUCUGGGUGAAGUCCUUUUCUAUUUUCUUAUAGCUACAAUUCUCAGAGUUUGAAUUGAUUCAGAUUAUGUUUGUCUUAUUAAACAGAAGGA